AUGUAUAAAAAAAAUACUAAAGGUAGAAGAAAAAGAGGUACUGGAGCUAGAGGCGGUAGAGGUAGAGGAAAGUUUAAUUAUAAUCAACAGUCACAUUUCAACAAAAAACCAAGGUCAGAUGGAAAUGCAGCUGACGAUUUUUUACCUCUAGUUGGCGGUGGUGAUUUAUCUAAUCCAAAUGCAAUUUCAGAUCUUUACUUUGGGAAUAUAAAUUCGGCACCAAAUUCAAUGAAAAUGGCCGCAUUAGGCAGGAGAAGGUAUAAAUCAGGACAAUUUCCCAAUAGCGAUGAAGACAUGAACACAAAAAAUCUUCCUUUAAGAAAAAGACCUAUGAUUUUUGUUAAAUCUAAAGAAAUAUAUGAUCCCUCAAAAGAUUUGAUUGAUUUAUUAAUAACAAAAAACAAUGCAAAGAAUAAUUACCAAGGAACUCUAGAAACUAAACCAAACGAUGCUGUUGAAUCGCAAGCAACAAACCAAGUUGUUGAUAAACUGGAGGUUGUAGAAAACGGCGAAGAUGGAAGAAACACUGACAAAAACAAAGAUGAAAAAUACAGUUCAGAUGAGAACGAAGAGCUACUGGAAGAAUAUGAUAACACUUCCUCUUCAGAUGGGUACGUUUCAGGAGAAGAUCUCUAUAAUUAUGACAUAGAUCAUGAGAAUGAAAAUAUUUUGCCUCAAGAAAACAUAUUUUUCGUUGAUGGACAGGGUACGAAUAUCAAUAUAGAAAACAUACCCGAAACCAUAGUAGGAGAUGAAAAUGAAAAAAUAAAGAAUACCGAGUUUCAAGAUACACUUAAAAUUGGGAAAGUCCAAUUAAAUUUAGUUGAAAAUGGUGAGGAUGUAGAACUUAUACCUUUUAAGAAGAAAAUUAAUAUCAAUAACGAAAAAAAAAUUGAUUUAGACACUAAAAUGAAUAGAUUAAAUAUAAACGAGUUUUUUGAUAAAGAUGAGAAAUCAAAAACUCAGAAAGAUACUGAAUACAAUAAUACUACACCUAAAAGCGAAAACGAAAACGAAAACGAUGAACCUGAAUUUGGGUUUUUAGAUGCAGAUUUUGUUGCCAAUUCUUCUGAGAUAGAAAUAACAAACAUAGCAUUGGGUGGCGACUUUCAAAACAAUAUGUACUACACGAAAUCUUUCAAAUAUUUUGGCAAUUAUAAUUUCCAUUGGGUGGACACAGAUGUUGUGGAAGAUAUAUUAGGAGAAUUGGGAUUACCUGAAGAAAGAUAUGCCUCUUAUUUUGGAUUCAUUAAAGAUAAAUUAGUUAAACCUGAGGAAGAACCCCAGCCAACUUAUUCCGAUGUUUACAUUUCAGAAAGUGGAGAUGAAUAUGAUAACAGUGAGUAUUUUGUUAAUAGAAACUUUGAUUAUAUUCCAUCAGAUCACGAAGAGGAAAUGUACUCAAAAGAGAUUACCGAUGAUAUGAGAGAAGGAUUGGAGGAUCUAAUCUCUUAUAGUACUGCUUAUGAGGGAGACAGGAAUAUGGAAUAUGAAUCCCAUAGUAUAGCAACUAAGGGGAAGGGGAAAAACAGGAAACUUUUUUUUGACAAUAAUUCAGACAUGGACGACGAACAAAGAUUAAUUUUGCAAUCAAAAUUUUCCUUAAGAUUAGACCGCAAGGCCACCAAAAGAAAGACAAAAAUAGACUAUCUCAACGAAGAACAUAUAAAUUCUACGGAUUUAUUACUCAAAUACCCAUAUGGUAUGCAUGUAGAAAAUAUUAAGGAUGAAUUCAAAAGCUAUCUUAGUAGACCUAAUCAAGAAUUUUUGGUAUUUCCACCUUUUGAUUCGCAUGGAAAUCAAACUAUUGUUAAAUUUUCGAAACAUUUUAAUACAAAGGCGCAGACAAGAAGAAAGGGAAAAUCAAGUAGUGUAACUGUUCACAAAAGUAAAAAAACAAACAGGAAAUCACCCAAUUACGGGUUGAUAGAUCAACUAUGCAGACAAAGAAGGGUUUUUAUGAGAUCUGAUACAAGGGAUCCGUCAUUAGCAGCCCAAGACAUAGACGAUGAAAAUCCUAAAAAGCACAAGUAUCAUGUUAGAGAGGGGGAAAUCAUUGGUGAAAAUGCCCCAGAGAUUUCUCACGACAACAUUGGGCGUAGACUAUUAGAAAAAUUGGGCUGGAAGCAUGGCGAAGGUCUUGGUAUUCAUGGCAAUAAAGGUAUUGUUGUACCGUUGCAAGUAACCGUGAAAAAAACCAAGAAGGGGUUAGGUCAUGCUACAAAAGAACCUUAA